GUCACUAAAGCAUGGCAACCCUUGUCUUGGGUCCCAUAUCCUUGUCUUGAUCUCCUCUAACUCCAACCAAGACCACAAGAGAGAGACGCAGCUUUUCUGACAGACACCUUCAUUUAAUAAGACGACCAUGAAGUAUGCCCUGGCGCUGUUUCUGGUGGCGGCCGUGUGUCUUCUCCCCGGUCUCUGCCUCGAGGUCUGGCAAACAGCAAACGACUACAUCAGCUUCGCGGUGAUGAAAAGUUGUCUGGGCGAAGAAUUAGCUGUUCAGAUGCAGAGGAAGGGGGUUCGCCUUGGUCAGGAAUGUCUUCAGAAACUGGAACCGCAGCCCGCGAGCCAACACGCCCGCAGCAGGAGGAAUAUAAUGAAGAUGCCCCCCAACCCUUCAGUCGGUCUUCAGAUGUGUAACAUGAAAGCAUGGGAUCUGCUCAAAGAAGACGGCACAAUACAGUUCGAAAACGUGGAGGCAUUCUUUCGAAAUGUCUCCCAUGACAAGACACUCCAAGACGAUCUCCUACAGCUUUCCCUUUCAUGCAAGACGUCUUCCCCGCCUACAGCAGGACUACAAGACGAUCAGAAAUUCAAGGUUGCAGUCAGUUAUCUGAGUUGUCUGAACGCCGGAGGUUUAAAGGCCUGUAUGGGCUACGAACAUCGGAAAUAUUUCAAUGACCUGUAGAGCGAUGUGGAGAAAUCAGGACUACAAUGGUAAAGAAAUGAUAAUGAUGAAGAUGGAUAUAAUGAUUUAUAUGAGAUAGAUAUAAAUAGGCAGUGGUGGUGGUAAUGAGGACAUCUGCUCUAGUAUAAAACAUUUUAGACUUCUCUUGUACAGACAAUGGACGAUUCAAGUGAUUCAGUUUGAAUAUUAAACAGCCUCCAAGUAUGUUUGUCGCUA